UACGAUCCCAUGGCCACUCUGUUCUAAAUAUAACAUCAAUGGAAGAGAAAAAGGGCAAAUUCCCAGCCCCAAAUUCAACAGAAGCGUAAAAAUGGAUCAAUCGGAAAAAGAAUCCAUAAGAGCAGCAUCGGAAGAAAUUUCGAGAGAGCUCAAAACCCUAGUUGAUUCCCAGGAUUUGGAUGCUGUCAAGCAAUCCCAACACCUCAUAUUGGGAAGGUUGCAGGAUAGUAAUGCAGUAUUAUCCCACUUUAAUGAUUAUUCGGCGAAUUGCUUUGCCGAAGUUUCUCCAGAUUUCUCCAGGAAUACCCGCGUAUUACGAACUAUGAAAUCGGACCUUGAUUACAUUUUUAUGAAACUGAGGUAUUAACUCUGAAUGUUCAUUUUCA